AUGAACGUAGCAUGGCAGCAGGGAAAUCUGAGAAAGUUCUGCCAAGAAAAAGGAAUUCAUGUGAGUGCGUGGUCCCCAUUGGGAGCUUAUGGGGCUUCUUGGGGUUCCCUUGCUGUGAUGGAGAGUCCAAUCCUAAAAGACAUUGCAAUUGCAAAAGGCAAGAGUGUGGCACAGAUUGCAUUGAGAUGGAUAUUUGAACAAGGGGCCACUCCAAUAGUGAAGAGCUUCAACAAAGUAAGAAUGAAAGAAAACCUUCAAAUAUUUGAUUGGAAGCUGAGUGAAGUUGAUUUGGAAAAUGUCAAGAAAAUUCCACAAUUUAGGGCUGUCUUAGCAAGAGAAUUUAUCUCUGAAGAUGGACCCUAUAAAUCCUUGGAAGAUCUUUGGGAUGGUGAGAGAUCUCAUUGUUAUAGUGGUGGUGAAUGCCUUGAUCCCAAAACAUUUGAAGCACAUGAUACAAAGCAAUUAUUUCAGUAUACAGUAUCUAUGUAG